GUACGUGAGCGCGCAGGGCGCAGGCGCGCGAGUCCUGGCAGCCCGCGAGACGCCAGCUGCGGGACGCUGCCGUGCUCUGAGGUGCGUGUGGCCCUGACGCGAUGGAGCAGCUCAAGAUAGAAAAGUUCGCCACCGCCGACCGAGGCAACGGGCUGCGCGCCGUGGCCCCGCUACGCCCCGGAGAGCUGCUGUUCCGCUCGGACCCCUUGGCGUACACGGUGUGCAAGGGGAGUCGUGGCGUCGUUUGCGAUCGCUGCCUGCUGGGGAAGGAAAAGCUGAUGCGAUGCUCUCAGUGCCGAGUUGCCAAGUACUGUAGUGCAAAGUGUCAGAAAAAGGCUUGGCCAGACCAUAAGCGUGAAUGUAAAUGCCUUAAAAGCUGCAAACCCAGAUACCCUCCUGACUCUGUCCGGCUUCUUGGCAGAGUAGUUGUCAAACUUAUGGAGGAAACACCCUCGGAAUCAGAGAAACUUUACACAUUUUAUGACCUGGAGUCGAAUAUUAACAAACUGACUGAAGAUAAGAAAGAGGGCCUCAGGCAACUUGCAAUGACAUUUCAUCAUUUCAUGAGAGAAGAAAUACAGGAUGCCUCUCAGCUGCCACCUUCCUUUGACGUUUUUGAAGCCUUUGCAAAAGUGAUCUGCAACUCAUUCACCAUCUGUAAUGCAGAGAUGCAGGAAGUUGGGGUUGGCCUGUAUCCUAGUAUGUCAUUGCUUAAUCACAGCUGUGACCCCAACUGUUCAAUCGUGUUCAAUGGGCCCCACCUCUUACUGCGUGCAGUACGAGAAAUCGAGGCUGGAGAGGAGCUCACCAUCUGCUACCUGGAUAUGCUGAUGACCAGUGAUGAGCGCCGGAAGCAGCUGAGGGACCAGUACUGCUUUGAGUGUGACUGUUUCCGAUGCCAGACCCAAGAUAAGGAUGCUGAUAUGCUAACUGGCGAUGAACAAAUAUGGAAGGAGGUUCAAGAAUCCCUGAAAAAAAUUGAAGAACUAAAGGCACACUGGAAGUGGGAACAGGUCCUGGCAAUGUGCCAGACAAUCAUAAGCAGCAACUCCGAAAGGCUUCCCGACAUCAAUAUAUACCAGCUGAAGGUGCUUGACUGUGCCAUGGAUGCCUGCAUCAACCUCGGCCUGUUGGAGGAGGCGCUGUUCUAUGGGAUUCGAACCAUGGAGCCAUACAGGAUUUUUUUCCCGGGAAGCCAUCCUGUCCGAGGUGUGCAAGUCAUGAAAGUUGGCAAACUGCAGUUACAUCAAGGCAUGUUUCCCCAGGCCAUGAAGAAUCUGAGACUGGCAUUUGAUAUCAUGCGAGUGACCCAUGGCAGAGAACACAGCCUGAUUGAAGAUUUGAUUCUGCUCUUGGAAGAAUGCGAUGCCAACAUAAGAGCGUCCUAAGGGAAAUACUGCCUACAUGCAUUUAUCGGAUGCCUUAUCGAGGUCACGCUCUGUACCUUGUUUGUGGUGUGACCUUCCCCUCUAGAAAUGCUCUUCUGUGUUUAUGUAGGUAAAUAACGCAGCUGUGUAGUUUGCAAACUGUAAGAAUCACUAGUUGUAGAGAAGCACGAUUACAAUAAAUACUAAAAAGCUGUUGA